AUGGGUUGGGAACGUCAAACCAAAUAUCUUGCAGGAACAGGAAAAUAUACAGUACUCAUUUUUGAGAAUCGUGGUAUGGGAUUAUCGGAUGCACCCAGACAACUUUAUAGUACCUCACAGAUGGCCCAUGAUGUAAUUGAUUUGUUAGAUCAUUUUGGUUGGAAAAAUAAUGUACACUUAAAUGGUAUAUCAAUGGGAGGCAUGAUUGCACUUGAAUUGGUAACUACUUGGCCAGAAAGAUUUUGCUCUGUUGUACUAACAAGCACAACUUCAGGGCGACAGAUUCCACCUUGGAAAGCGAUUACAACGUUAGGUAGAUUGGUUUUUGUAAGAGAUCCAAAACUUAAAAUAGGAUCUGCUCUUAGCCUCAUUUACCCUCCUGAAUGGUUAAAUGAUAAACCUAUUGAGGAAGAAUAUGCCCAUUUUAAAACGAAUCGAGAAAUGGCUACUGCCAUGUUUUUAGCUCGACUUGAUCGCAGUCGACCUCAAACCUUACAAGGUAAUUUAGGUCAAAUGGCUGCUUGUCUUCGUCAUUAUGUCUCUGAUGCUAGACUUUUAAAGAUCAAAGAAGCGGGUAUUCCUGUCAAGGUCUUGACAGGCACUUGGGACAACCUUGUUAAUCCAACUAAUUCUUAUUAUAUUAGUAAAGUAUUGGAUUGUCCAAUUGAAGUUUUUGAUGGUAGUGGACAUGGUUUACCUGGUGAACAGCCUGUUCGCUAUAAUCAGUUAUUAGAUAAUCAUUUUUCUGAAGCGGCUCGACUUCGAGAACAAAAAUAA